UCGUGUAUGGAUGGGUAGGGGGGGGAGGGUGCUGGUUGUGAACUUGAUUUUUUGAGCAUCGUUGGAAUUAAAUCACGCCAUGUCACGUCAGGUAUUGUCUGUCUCCGUCACGAACUGAGACGCGCGGGGCGACGCUUCUGGAGCGACUUCAAAGUCCGGCGGGAUCACAUCAGCGGUGGGACGGGAAGGACUCUGGACUUUCUGGACUCUCUGGACUCUGACUCCCUUGACCCUCUGAGCACCGUGCGCCCGUAAAACGUAUUGGAUGGGGAACGUAUUGGCGGACAAAAUGACAAAAAAAAGACCUGGGUAAACUGAGUCAUUAAAAAAGAAAAACCCGAUUUUUUCAUACAUCUUCAAGAGGAAUUUAUAUCGUUCAGCAUGCCUCGCAUUUGAGGUGCACCCCUCUCGCAUGGAAAAGGACUGUUGAACGAAAAGCGUGUUUCUUCUUGCAGGUGUACCGCGCGCCUCGUGCUUCCCGGGACACUUCAGCCGAUCAUCGGUAACAUACGCCUGCUAAGUUCAAUAAAUACAUAAAGUGAUCAUCCACCUCUUCCACAAAGGGAUCACGGCAGAGAAACAUGAGUAGCUGUGUGUGUCUCCAAGCGGCAUUACUCGUGGCUUGCAUGGUCUCCGUGGGCUGCACGUUGACCGAGGCGCACCCCACGGUGUCCCAGGAAACGUGCGCGUCCUGCGGGGUCACGCAGUCGAACGACCCGGCAGAGGAGACGCUUAACGGGGACUUCCUAGAGGCCGUCAAGAGGCACAUCCUGAGCCGGCUGCAGAUGCGGGAGAGACCCAACAUCACGCACCCCGUGCCCAAGGCCGCCAUGGUGACGGCGCUGCGGAAGCUGCACGCCGGGAGGGUGCGCGAGGACGGCCGGGUGGAGAUCCCUUACCUGGAUGGGCAUGCCACGAGCCGCCAAGCGGUGGAGGAGACCUCGGAGAUCAUCAGCUUCGCGGAGACAGACGACCUGGUGACGUCCAACUCCAGCCUCUUCUUCCUGAUCUCCAACGAGGGCAACCACCACCUGUACGUGAUGCAGGCCACCCUGUGGCUCUACCUCAAGCUGCUGCCGCCGCCGCCGCCCUCCCCCCUGGCCCCGCCCUCGCCCCCCCGCCGCAAGGUCACCGUCAAGGUGUACUACCAGGAGCCCGGCCUGGGCAGCCGCUGGAACCUGGUGGAGAAGCGCGUGGAGCUGAAGCGCAGCGGCUGGCACACCUUCCAGCUGACGGAGGCCGUGCGGCUGGUGUUCGACGCCGGCGACCGCCGCCAGAACCUGGACGUGCGCUGCGAGGGCUGCUCGGCCGAGGCCGUGGCGCCGGCGCUGCCCGACCGCGGCGACGAGGCGCACCGGCCCUUCCUGGUUGUGCGGGCGCGGCCGGCCGAGGGGCAGCACCGCAUCCGCAAGCGGGGGCUGGAGUGCGACGGGGCGGGCGGCGGCGGCGGCCUGUGCUGCCGCCAGCAGUUCUACAUCGACUUCCGCCUCAUCGGCUGGAACGACUGGAUCAUCGCGCCCGCCGGCUACUACGGCAACUACUGCGAGGGCAGCUGCCCGGCGUACAUGGCGGGCGUGCCGGGGUCGGCGUCGUCCUUCCACACGGCGGUGGUGAACCAGUACCGCAUGCGGGGCAUGAGCCCGGGCUCCAUGAACUCCUGCUGCAUCCCCACCCGCCUCAGCACCAUGUCCAUGCUGUACUUUGACGACGAGUACAACAUCGUGAAGCGCGACGUGCCCAACAUGAUCGUGGAGGAGUGCGGCUGCGCGUAGCGGAACGACGUCAUGGUCGUCGGCGACGUCGUCAGCGUUAGCUUUAGCGGCGUCGUUAGCCUUAGCGUUAGGGAGACGGACGUAAGAAAUAUUAUAUUUAUGAACUGCGGUGGAAGUGUGAGCAGACUCAAUCUCAAUUGACACUUGUCUUCCUGUUCUCCUAUACGCCGCACAAACUCUUGUACAUAUAUUUAUGUUUGUUGAUGUCCUAUUUUGUUCAUGUUACGCGACGGGAGCGCGACUCUGAUGACAAGCGGUUCCUUCAAGAGUUCUCAACACGUGUAAAGAUACUAACAAUCAACACUAUUAAUCCUUUGUUUUCAAUAAUAAUGACACAGGAUUUAUUUGUAAAAGUCUUAAAAUUAAUACUUAGUUGAGUAGCCGGUUAUAUCAGCAUUGGCCUAGUGUUUCUCAGUUAAAUUGGUGGCCUGCUCACAAUCAAUCAUUUUCGUCAAUGUUGGUGUUGUCUUUCUUUAGUUUUAGGGGUCACCAGUUCUUAAUCAAAGUAAUCGCACCAACACACGGCACUUCAGAUGUUCUUAAAUCACCAUGGCAACAUGUCGGAAACUGAAGAUGUAUCAUUCCAGCCCCCCCCCCCCCCACAAUCAUAUCAAUUAAUUGUAUAAUAUGUACACAUUUUAGAAAUGCACAUAACUAAAUCAAGCCUGAAUCCAACAAAGACUUUCUUCCUCUCCAUUAAAUUACCCCUAAAAGUAGUAAAGACAUUAUUUCUGUCAAAUGUUUCAAAAACAUAAUUUUAGGAAAACCUGUUACAGCAGGCCAUCUGAUUGCCAAACUGAUAGAAGUGGGUUUAGGAACAAGCUAUUUUAAAUACAUUUAAAACAAAUUCCACACAUCGCCCGGCAUCUUCCAGGUGUUCUUGUAACUGUAAAGCCACGACAUUAGCUAAGCUAAAUUAUUACUCUAAUUUAAUUUUAAAAGAUUUGUUUUAUUUGUUGUGCAUCACCGUAGAGAUAGGUUUAGACUUCACCAGAUAUGGUUUCUAUCCGACAGCGUUGUCUGUUGUCUUUAACAAGUCGGAAGUGAACAGUUGGCGGCCAAUUUGCUCUAUUGAUGUUGUUUGACGUAUGAUGUGCAUCCUAGCACUUACCCGCUCACAUCCUGAUAGCACUUGCAGAAUAAAUAUGCCUUUUAGUGAGCCCGAUGUGGCCGGUGGCCGAGACCACAAUCCUUUAAAGAAAAACACAAAAAACACAAAAAGACGGAAAGGAGGUAAGGAGAAGGGAGCAAGGAAGGAGGGAAGAAAAAGUGCCGCAUGAGCUAUGCAAUGUAUAGUGCUGACGCGUCCGCACAGACUGGACGUUAGUUGUAGUGACCAACCGACGAUCACCAAUACUUGAAAUGUAGGGUGUGGUUGGGGGUGGGGGCGAGGGAGCGGUCAGGGCUCAUGGGUCAGCUAGGGUCAGAGGCAGAGGACACAACGUUUAUCGGUGUUGCGUCUUCUUCAGUUCUAAUGUGUGGUCCUUGUAGCCUGUAGCCUUGACACCAUGGGACCACAGGGAAUUGAUCGAAUCGUGUAACUGAAAUUAUUUAAAAUGUGUGAUUUUUAUUGAAAUCUGGCUGUUGUUCCAAGUGUGACACACACAUGCACACAGACAUGCUCACACAUGGUUGUUCAUACACUCAUAUUCAAAUUAAUAACGUGUAUAUCACUGUUUUCCUUAAAGAUUUAAAGACGUUCAGUUACGUUGACAAGCCGUGGUCGUCUCUUGUCCAGCAUGCGGAAAACACAGAACCUGCUGAAUAUUAACAAAUGAGUCAUCAGGGAUUGGUCGGCCACAGCCAUUUGUCCAAUCAGGCUGCUUCUCUCUUGGCUCCGCCUCCUAACUGACGCCCACCUUGUCCACUACCACCCACAAUAAGCCUUUGAUUAUUCUUCAGAGCAAAUGGUUGUUAGAAUAUUUGCACUGAAGCGUUGUGUGAUUAGUAAAAUAAAGUAAUGAAUAAUGAUAAUAAUAAAAGAAACAAUAAUAACGAAAGUAAUAAUGUUCAGAAAAAUAACCAUUGAAGAAAUGUUAUUUUUAUAGAAGUAAAAACAUUUUGCUCAAAUGUUCAAAUGUGUUUUGCCUAAUCAUUGUACCAAAGAGGCCAAGAUAUUCAGCUGUUGAGAGAUGGCGAUGUCGUCAUGUUUAGUUUUGUAAAAUACAUUGUGACGGAUGCUAAGAGGCCUAGACACUGUAUCAGGGUACGAGACCGGUCAUAUUCAGCUUCAUUCGUGUAUCUUAUUUUAUAUCUAGACAUGGUCAAAUGUCAUGUUCUUUUUUAUAUCCGACUCCUUCCAAAACACCCUAGCUUCUUUAGUUGUUGCCGUUUUUGCCAAUCAUUUAGCAUCAGAUGAAGACCAACUGAUCCCUGUACAGCUAAUGUAACAUAUGAAUAUACUUUUGAAAUAUGUUGUCCUGCAAAUGUUAAAAAAUAAAUU